CAUCAUCUCAUCACGCUAACUAGUCUUGUUUCAGAAAUCAGAGCGACUGCCGUGCAAAUCAAAAAAGACAUGCUGGGAACGUCCGUCCAUAGACUCACCAGGCUCUCUGUUUCCUCUAUAAAGUUAAUAGCUAGUAAGGCAACCGCAACCGCAAGAGGGACUAGUAUUUGUACUUCUACCAGUACCAGGAGAGCCGCAGCUACUGUUGAAGAAGUUGCGGCCGCCGCCGCUGCGUCUUCUUCUUGUUCCUCCGAGCCAGUUAACUCUAAUGGGUCUUUCCCCUACCCCUCAUCAGCUGCAGCGCACGUGCAACGACGACGCCCACGACCACGUUUAGGUCUAGGUGAUGGGAGGAACAUCCAGAGGAGGACCACGACGGAUACUGAUGCAAUAGAGCUAGCAUUGGAUUCAGUGGUGAAGAUCUUCACUGUGACGAGCAGCCCUAACUACUUCCUUCCUUGGCAGAACAAGUCCCAGCGAGAAACCAUGGGCUCCGGGUUCGUAAUCCGUGGGAAGAAAAUUCUGACAAAUGCUCAUGUAGUGGCUGAUCAUACCUUUGUACUUGUAAGAAAGCAUGGCUCUCCUACCAAGUACAGAGCCCAAGUUAACGCUGUUGGUCAUGAAUGUGAUUUAGCCAUUUUGACCGUUGAAAGUCAAGACUUCUGGGAGGGUAUGGCUUCCCUCGAUCUAGGGGACAUUCCUUUUCUGCAACAAGCCGUGGCUGUUGUUGGAUAUCCUCAAGGUGGUGAUAACAUUUCAGUUACCAAAGGUGUUGUUUCUAGGGUUGAACCCACUCAAUAUGUACACGGGGCAACCCAGCUCAUGGCAAUACAAAUUGAUGCUGCAAUAAAUCCAGGGAAUAGUGGCGGUCCAGCAAUCAUGGGCAAUAAAGUUGCUGGUGUGGCUUUCCAGAACCUUUCUGGUGCAGAGAAUAUUGGUUAUAUAAUUCCUGUCCCAGUAAUAAAGCAUUUUAUUGCUGGAGUGGAAGAAAGUGGCAAGUAUGUUGGAUUCUGCUCUCUGGGUUUGUCAUGCCAACCCAUUGAAAAUGUUCAACUGAGGAACCACUUUCGGAUGCGCCCUGAAAUGACCGGGGUACUAGUGAACAAAAUUAACCCACUCUCGGAUGCCUAUAAAGUCUUGAAGAAAGAUGAUAUUAUCCUUGUUUUUGAUGGAGUGCCUGUAGCGAAUGAUGGAACAGUUCAUUUUCGAAACAGAGAGCGGAUAACAUUUGACCAUUUGGUUUCUAUGAAGAAACCCAACGAAACAGCCAUAGUUAGAGUUCUGAGGGACGGUGAAGAGUAUGAAUUCAGUAUCGCCCUUCAACCUUUACAGCCAUUAGUUCCAGUUCAUCAGUUCGAUAAGCUUCCUAGUUAUUACAUUUUUGCUGGUUUGGUCUUUGUUCCACUCACUCAGCCAUACCUUCACGAGUAUGGAGAAGACUGGUACAAUUCUUCACCUCGACGAUUGUGUGAGAGCGCAUUGAGGGAACCACCAAAACGGCCUGGUCAACAGCUUGUCAUCCUUUCUCAGGUCCUAAUGGACGAUAUCAAUGCAGGAUAUGAACGUCUUGCAGAGUUACAGGUUAAGAAGGUUAACGGAGUUGAAGUUGACAAUUUGAAACAUUUAUGCCUACUUGUCGAAAACUGCAGCGAAGAGAGCGUGCGCUUUGAUUUGGAUGAUGAUAGGGUUAUUGUGUUGAAUCGUCGCUUAGCAAAAGUUGCAACUUCAAAGAUUUUGAAGUGCCACCGAAUACCCUCAGUAAUGUCUGAUGAUCUUACCAUCUCUUAGCAAGAGUUGACUUUCUGAAGGUGCGACUUGCCUAGUACAUUUUUGAGAAAUAGAAUGACAUGAAGAUUAAGCUGUUAUGCUCAAGCCAAAUCGUCACUUAUGGUAGCUUGUUAACAAAGUGUGGGAAAUGGGUCAAUUUUUGUCAUUCUUUUUGUUAUCCAUUAAUGUAUAUUUUGAGGUAAAAGAAUGUGUUUAUUGGUUUUUGUAUUCAUUCAACACUCUUUUGGCAAUGUAAUUUGUAGUUAAUAGUGGUGUGUUUUUUUUUUCUUUUCUCAUUAGGUGUAUUCAAAAUUCUUCAAUGCCUUUUAAUUUUCCA